GCUGGUGGUCCCCUGCCGGGACGAAGCCUCCCGAGGUGCCCUGCCUGGGUCCUCCGGGGUAAAGUUCGUUUGACGAAAGAUUGUCCGUUUCCCUGGUAAGGUCACCUGUCCCAAUCAGGUCAUUGCUAGGAAGAACUCUGGGUACAAUAAUGAAUACAAUGUACGUGAUGAUGGCUCAGAUCUUAAGAUCUCACCUGAUAAAGGCUACAGUGAUUCCUAAUCGAGUGAAAAUGCUUCCAUAUUUUGGUAUCAUUAGAAAUAGAAUGAUGUCAACCCAUAAAUCCAAAAAGAAGAUCAGAGAAUAUUAUAGGCUGCUGAACGUGGAGGAAGGAUGCUCUGCAGAUGAAGUCAGGGAAUCUUUUCAUAAGCUUGCCAAGCAAUAUCAUCCUGACGGUGGCUCUAAUACUGCUGAUUCUGCAACAUUUAUAAGGAUUGAAAAAGCUUAUAGAAAGGUGCUCUCCCAUGUGAUAGAACAAACAAAUGCCAGUCAGAGUAAAGGUGAAGAAGAAGAAGAUGUAGAAAAAUUCAAAUAUAAAACACCCCAGCACCGGCAUUAUUUAAGUUUUGAAGGUAUUGGUUUUGGGACUCCAACUCAACGAGAGAAGCAAUAUAGGCAAUUUAGGGCAGACCGUGCUACUGAACAAGUGAUAGAAUAUCAAAAGCAGAAACUACAAAGCCAGUAUUUUCCUAAUAGUGUAAUUGUUAAAAAUAUAAGACAGAGCAAACAGCAAAAGAUAACUCAAGCUAUAGAACGUUUAGUGGAGGACCUCAUUCAAGAAUCCAUGGCAAAAGGAGACUUUGACAAUCUCAGUGGGAAAGGAAAACCUCUGAAAAAGUUUUCUGACUGUUCCUACCUUGAUCCCAUGACUCACAACCUGAACCGAAUACUGAUCGAUAAUGGAUACCAACCAGAAUGGAUCCUUAUGCAAAAGGAAAUAAGUGAUACUAUUGAGCAACUCAGAGAGGCAAUUUUAGUGUCUAGGAAAAAACUUGGGAAUCCAAUGACACCAACUGAACAGAAACAGUGGGACCAUGUUUGUGAGCAGUUUCAAGAAAACAUUAGAAAAUUAAACAAGCGAAUUAAUGAUUUUAAUUUAAUUGUUCCCAUCCUGACCAGGCAAAAAGUCCAUUUUGAUGCUCAGAAAGAAAUUGUCAGAGCCCAGAAAAUAUACGAGACCCUUAUAAAAACAAAAGAAGUCACAGAUAGAAACCCAAAUAACCUUGAUCAAGGAGAAGGAGAGAAAAUACCUGAAAUCAAGAAAGGUUUUUUAAACUGGAUAAAUCUGUGGAAAUUUAUUAAAAUACGAUCAUUUUGAUGUUUACUAUCAUAAAUUAUUCUUAGUUCCACUGA